AUGCAACAGCCGAAAGGAAUCAACAUCCUCAUCACAGGUACCCCGGGAACGGGCAAAACCUCGCUCGCUGAGCUGUUGGUGGAAGAGUUGGAGGGAUUUUCACGCAUAGAUGUCGGAAAGGUUGUAAAGGAGAAUGAAUUCUACACUGAGUAUGACAAAGAGUUUGACACCCAUGUUAUCGAUGAAGAUGAUGAAGGUCGUUUGUUAGACUUCAUGGAACCAAUCAUGGUUCAAGGGGGAAACCAUGUCGUGGACUACCACUCCAGCGAACUUUUUCCAAAGCGCUGGUUUCAUCUCGUCGUUGUGCUGCGAACUUCUACGGAGGUUUUGUUCGAGCGGUUGAUGGACCGUAAGUACGGUGAGCUGAAACGUAACGAGAACAUGGAGGCUGAAAUUCAUGGCAUAUGCGAAGAGGAGGCGAGAGGUGCUUACGAUGAAGAUAUUAUUAUUGUGAGGGAUAAUAAUACGCUGGAAGAAAUGGCGGCGACAGUUAGUUUAAUUCAGUCACGCGUCGGUUCCAUUCAGGCAGUUUAG